GGCGUCAUUUCCAGGCGCCGGGAACGACCGGCACCUCUAGCCGGUGCAAUGAGCGCGGAGGACGAGCUGAACCUGCUGGUCAUCGUCAUCGACACCAACCCGAUCUGGUGGGGGAAGAGGGCGCAAGGGGAAGCUGAGCAGUUCACCCUAUCAAAAUGCAUGGAUGCAGUGAUGGUACUGGGAAAUUCACACUUAUUUAUGAAUCGUACCAACAAGCUCGCUGUAAUAGCAAGUCACACACAAGAAAGCCGUUUCUUGUACCCUGGGAAGUGUUGGGCUGUUGCAGAUCUCUUUGGAGAUGGCAGUAGCUCCGUGGAAGCCAAUUGCUCUGGCAGCAAGGAUGGAAAAUACGAAUUGUUAACAGCAAUAAAUGAUGCAAUUGCAGAAGAGAUUAAAGACCUCAUGACAAAAACUGACAUGAAGGGCCAGCAAACAGAAACUCUGUUAGCAGGAUCACUUGCUAAGGCACUUUGUUAUAUCAACAAGAUGAGCAAAGAGGUAAAAGCCAAUCAAGAAAUGAAAUCAAGGAUUUUGGUCAUAAAAGCUGCAGAAGACAGUGCAUUGCAAUAUAUGAAUUUCAUGAAUGUGAUCUUUGCAGCACAGAAACAGAGUAUUUUGAUUGAUGCCUGUGUCUUGGACUCUGAUUCAGGUCUUCUGCAACAGGCUUGUGACAUUACGGGCGGCAUAUAUUUGAAAGUGCCCCACAUGCCAUCCCUUCUGCAGUAUUUGUUGUGGGUAUUUCUCCCCGAUCAAGAGCAGAGAUCACAGCUUGUCCUUCCGCCUCCUAUUCACGUUGACUACAGAGCUGCAUGUUUCUGCCACCGAAAUCUCAUUGAAAUUGGUUAUGUGUGCUCUGUGUGCUUGUCAAUAUUCUGCAACUUCAGUCCAAUUUGUAGCACAUGCGAGACUGCUUUCAAAAUAUCGUUGCCACCUGUCAUGAAAGCUAAGAAGAAGAAAUUAAAGUUAGCUGUGUAACUUUAUGUCACUACAUCAUACCUCCUCCAGUAAUUCCAUGAAAUGGGAUAUAUUUGAGAAACUGAUGGCCCUUUUUAUUGGCUAUGAAAGAGAACUGUAACAGUGUUACUACUUGUUUCUUAAGGGAUAAAUAUUUAAAUCCUAUGUUUUCUACACAGCCCUUUAAGUAACAAUCACUGUAUUACCCUGUGGCCUGUGCUGUUCCAGAAUUUACAGCCUGUUAAGAGACAGAUGCUGUGAAGCAGAUGUUUGGGCACUGCAACGUCUCACACUUCCAAGUUAUUUUCAAAGAUGAGAAAGCUCUGAUUCUUUUUAUAAUGCUGGUGUAAAGGUAAGAAUGACUGUUUCUGGUGUGGAGGAUCAGAACCACAGCACUAUGUUAUUCAGGGACUUCAACUUCUUGCUAGGUUUUGCUAGCAAUUUUUGGAUUGGACUGAAAGAGCAUCAGUUUGAAAAAUAAAACACCAAUAUUUUCAAGAUGGCUUAGAAACCACUUUUUUAUUUUUUAAAAAGUGCUAAUUCCCUAGAAUGUGCACUUACCUGUGUUCAUAUUCCUUUGAGUGUACUGUCUGUAUGGUAUUUCUAUCUCAAUUGGGUAUCUCUUAAUUCAUGAAUAAAAAGGUCUGCCUUUGUUUAAAAUAAGUUCAAUAAAUGUGAACUAGCUGGUUAGUCCUUAAGGUUGUAUUUUGAAAUGAAAAAAAUAAUUCUAUGUUAUAUGACGGCAGGCACACAUGCUUUUGGAUCGGUGUUUUUUAUGUCAGGUUAUGUCAGGAUACGCUGUGGACUUCUGAACAUAGCUUUGGUUCAAACAAACAAAAAAAUAAUCUCUCCCUUUUAAAAGGUUACUGUAUAAUUUGGUGUUUUUACUAGUGACUGGUGUUACUGAUGUGUGAAUACAGAGAGUAAUUGUUUCCCACAUAAAAAAAGACAAUUUUUUUUUUUUAUCCCAAGGCAUAUACAGGAAUUUAUGCUGUGUCUUGAUAAUUGCAUCGGGUUUUUGUCCGUGUAACAGUUGUAGUAAGUGCCAGUCUUUUACUGGCUUGGUUGCCAAAAGCCAUUUUGUUUGAAGGCUGUAUUUAUAAUUUACUUUGUAUACAACGUUUGUAAUAAAAGCUUUUUCGAAUGUG